AUGGCUGCUACCAAUGAUGAUGUUACGACUGCGGACCUGGACGAGAACACUCUCAAUAUGAGCGGAGGCCCCCGCCCGCGCAGACACGAUGACGACGACGAAGGAUCUGAUAAUGGCGAUGACGACGCUGAAAGCACAACUAGUGCCCAGGUAGCAGGGGAUGCAAAGACACAGGGGAAUAUUGAGGAAGAGAAGGAGCUCCCCUCGCAUGCAUGCGCGUACUGUGGGAUCCACAAUGCCAGCAGUGUUGUCAAAUGUCUGUCAUGUAGCAAAUGGUUCUGCAGUGCUCGUGGCAAUACUUCCUCUUCCCACAUCGUCAACCACCUUGUCCGAGCUCGACACAAAGAAGUACAACUCCACCCCGCCUCGUCUCUCGGAGAUACGAUAUUAGAAUGCUAUAACUGCGGUACAAAGAAUGUUUUCCUUCUUGGUUUCAUUCCUGCCAAAUCUGAUACGGUCGUCGUGCUACUAUGUCGUCAACCUUGUGCCGCCAUGCCUUCGUCCAAGGAUAUGAAUUGGGAUACUUCACGCUGGCAGCCCUUGAUUGAAGAUCGCUCGUUCUUGCCGUGGCUCGUGGGCGCUCCUUCGGACCAAGAACAGCUGCGUGCCCGUCACCUGAGCCCGCAGUUGAUUGCCAAGUUGGAGGAGAUGUGGAAAGAGAACUCACAAGCGACGUUUUCGGACCUCGAGAAGGCCACGGCCGUGGAUGACGAACCCGCUCCCGUUCUCCUGCGAUACGACGACGCUUUCCAGUAUCAGAACAUCUUUGGCCCGCUGGUCAAGAUUGAAGCCGACUACGACCGUAAAUUGAAGGAAUCUCAAUCCCAGGAUGGCCUGAUCGUGCGGUGGGAUCUCGGUCUAAACAAUAAGCACCUAGCCAGCUUUAUCCUGCCGAAGCUCGAACUUGGUGAUGUCAAGCUGGCAGUGGGUGACGAGAUGCGCCUCAAAUAUACUGGUGAACUGCGCCCCAAGUGGGAAGGUGUUGGCUAUGUUAUCAAGAUCCCGAACAACCAAUCCGACGAGGUGACUAUUGAGUUGCGGGCAAAGGGUGACCACAAGACAGUGCCAAGUGAAUGCACGCACAAUUUCACUGCGGAUUAUGUUUGGAAAUCGACUUCCUUCGACCGCAUGCAACUCGCCAUGAAAACGUUUGCUGUCGAUGAGUUGAGUGUUUCAGGCUAUAUCUUCCAUCGUCUUCUUGGACACGAGGUUGCCGCUGCACCGAUGAAGACGCAGAUGCCCAAGAAAUUCAGUGUUCCUGGACUUCCUGAACUUAACGGCAGUCAGAUCAAUGCGGUCAAAAGUGUCCUGCAGAGACCUCUGAGUCUGAUUCAAGGUCCACCUGGAACUGGAAAAACCGUUACCUCGGCUACUAUCAUCUACCAUCUCGCCAAGCUUAACGGCGGUCAGGUCCUGGUUUGCGCUCCCUCUAAUGUUGCGGUUGAUCAACUUUGCGAACGUAUCCACCGAACUGGUCUUAAGACGGUGCGUGUGACUGCGAAGUCGCGAGAGGAUGUGGAGUCUCCCGUUGGCUUCUUGUCUUUGCACGAACAAGUUCGCCUUAAUGACACCAACAUCGAACUUGUGAAACUGAAUCAGCUUAAAUCUGAACUUGGCGAAUUGUCGAGCCAGGAUGAAAAGCGCUUGAAACAACUCACUCGCUCGGCGGAGCGCGAGAUAUUGAACAAUGCCGAUGUCAUCUGCUGCACCUGCGUUGGUGCUGGUGAUCCCCGUCUUGCUAAGCUUAAGUUCCGUACUGUUUUGAUUGAUGAGUCUACUCAGUCUGCCGAGCCUGAGUGCAUGAUCCCAUUGGUCUUGGGCUGCAAGCAAGUUGUCCUCGUUGGUGAUCACCAGCAGCUUGGUCCUGUUAUCAUGAACAAGAAAGCGGCCAAGGCUGGUCUCAACCAAUCUCUCUUCGAGCGACUUGUCAUUUUAGGGUGCUCUCCCAUUCGGUUGAACGUCCAGUAUCGUAUGCACCCAUGCCUUUCUGAAUUUCCGUCCAAUAUGUUCUACGAGGGUUCUCUGCAGAACGGUAUUUCCUCCAUUGAGCGACUUCGCCGUGACGUUGAUUUCCCGUGGCCCAUUGCCGACAACCCUAUGAUGUUUUGGUCCAACCUCGGAAAUGAGGAGAUUUCCGCCUCGGGUACUUCGUAUCUCAACCGUACUGAAGCAACUAAUGUGGAGAAGAUUGUCACUCGCUUUUUCAAGGCUGGUGUUCAACCGCAAGAUAUUGGUAUAAUCACCCCUUAUGAAGGUCAGCGCAGCUAUAUUGUCAGCUCCAUGCAGGCCAAUGGUACCUUCAAGAAGGAGCACUACAAGGAAAUCGAAGUCGCGUCAGUGGAUGCCUUCCAGGGCAGAGAGAAAGACUUCAUCAUUCUUUCUUGUGUGCGAUCCAACGACCACCAAGGUAUCGGUUUCUUGAGUGACCCCCGUCGUCUCAACGUUGCAAUUACUCGAGCCAAAUACGGAUUGGCAAUCCUCGGAAACCCGAAGGUGCUGUCCAAGCAUCCUUUGUGGAACUGUCUCCUACAGCACUUCAAAGAACGCCACUGCUUGGUGGAAGGUCCUCUGUCAAACCUGCAGGAAUCCUUAAUUCAAUUCAGUCGACCCAAACAAGCUUAUCGAGGACCUCAGCGUUUCCAAAUGGCCUAUAACCACGCCUCCAAUGCCACCAACGGGGCCAUGAAUGGGAGAAAUGGCCAUCGCAGCGAUUUUCAUGACACUGGAUCCGUGGUCGGCUACAUCCCUGACGACGUGUCUUCGGUCCACUCCUCAGCGCUUGGCGGUGUCGGCAUUCCUUCGGGUUAUCCUCCCAUGUUUCAGAACUUCACUGACUCCUGGCCUGCUCUUCCUGGUGCGCGUCGGGCUAAUGGCAACAGAGGAAAAGGCGCGCCUAGUGUCGCCGGCGAAUCUAUCGCGGCUACCGAGUCUGAUGUCACCGGAAGCGUUAUCGAUGGCAGAAGUGUGGAUCAGGGCGGUGUGAGCCUCGCUGGAUUGAGCAUCCACGACAUGAGCAAGCAGCCCAGUCUCAGUCAGUCCGACCGGCUGAAGCGCUACGUGGAAUCUGGAGCACGCGAGCCUUACAAAGCCGGUGUCCCUGAUAACGGCAGCAUCUUCGGGGGAAGCUCUGCAAGUAUUCGUGUCACGCGUGGCGUUCCCGGUCAGAUCCACGAUGACGACGAUACACGCAGUGUUUCCACUGCUUUUGCAAGCCAGGUUGGGGGAAAUUACGACUGA